AUGCUUAUAUUUUUGCUAUUUCUGGUGAUUUCCUAUUUAAGGAUUAUGUGUAAAGCAAUCAUGAAUAUAUAUAAGUUUGAUUUUUUACAGAUAAUAACCAGAAAAAAGUCUCUCGAGGAAGACUCGAACUUCCACCUCCUGAGUUAUCUCGUACAGGCGUGCACGAUACACCACCGAGAGUUUAUUUUUAAAACACAUAUCAUAUAUUUCCUAUAUAUCAGUUAUGCUUUACUUAACCACAAGUGUCUUUUAAUACAAUAUAAUACCUACAAGCUAUUAACCUAA